AUGGUAAACGCACCCGUCAACUCGGGCUUCGUCCUUCAAGAUGAUCCAGCGACGCCGCGAACUGAUGCGACUGUUUCCUUCCGUGAUAUCUUGCCAAAACCUGAUCACCCUCGUAUCGCUGGAAUAACAAAUCACACUUCCCAUUCAUGGUGUCAAUCCCGUCGAGAAGUGCCCGCUCCAGCUUGGUUGAUCAACAGAUUGGACAUCACGAACAUCGAAAGGCCGUACAAAGGUUUCUCGUCAGAUGGCAAUCCCGAUCCAUCUAUCUUUCAUUAUCAUCAAGAUGAAGGCGCUCCAGUAGAAGAAGCUGUAAAGGCUGUCGAGAUGUUACUCGACUCGUUGCCGGAAGAAUUGAGAUCAGAAGCUAUCAAGGGAGAUGUUCGGGACGAUGACGAGUUCAGGGCUUGGUCGAAUCCUGAGCUAUACGUCAAUGAAGGUGGGAUUAGGUUGGAUGAAACAACUCAAGAAGUCCAGGACCUCGUUCACAAUGUCCUCGAAGCCUCUUUAUCAGCUGAUGGAUACCACAAAGCUCUUGGAUGUACUUUGACCAAUCAUUUCCUGGGAGAGCUAGUAAACGGACUAUCGGUGUUGAACAAACAUUCGUACAACUUCCGAUUGUUUCUGCCGACGAAUGAUAAAGCCCCUAGCCUAACUCAACCAUGGGGAUAUUCUUUCUUUGGACACCAUCUUUGUUUGGCUGUUUGCUUCGUUGGUCGCCGAAUGAUCAUUGGACCUACUUUUAUGGGCGCUGAACCCGAUCGGAUCGAUGUCGGUGAACAUGCCGGGUUGCGAUUGUUCAGCCAAGAGGAAAUCAGAGGGUUGACAUUGAUGAGAGACUUAUCUUCAGAGAAUCAGAAACUUGCUCAGCUCAAUGAAGGAAUGGACUGUCAACAUGGUCUUGCAGAGGAUCGAUGGAAUCCUUUCGAUGAGAGACAUCUAGGCGGAGCACAUCAAGACAAUCGUAUCGUCCCAUUUGAGGGCUGCCCUAUCUCCAAAUUCACUCCCAAUCAAAGGGAAGAAAUAUAUGCUAUCAUUCAAGCUUUCAACACUUACCUCCCCGAAGUACCACUCAAGUACAAAAUGGAACGUGUAAGAAAAUUCGAAGAUCAAACCUAUUUCGCUUGGAUUGGGAAAUUCGGUUUGGGUGAUCCUUACUAUUUCCGUAUCCACUCACCAGUCACGUUCUGCGAGUUCGACUUUCAUUGUGGGAUUUUCCUUACAAACACAACACCUGCCAAAUGUCACAUUCAUACAGUGAAUCGUUUGCCCAAUUGCGAGGAUUAUGGUAAAGCGUUGAUCCGACAAUGGGAAGCGGAGCAGAGUCAGGAGUAG